AUGCCCCGCCUCAUCUCAAAGUUUGCCGGAUGGCUUGCGAGAGCUUCCGUGCAAGAUAUAUUCAGUCUCUGUGGGCUCCUCGCUCUCGUGUGCUGGCUAUCUUAUAGCCUCGGACGCCGAUACAGCCACUGGCCUUUGAGAUUGCAGCACGCAAUAUCCUGGAGACGCUUCUUCCAAGCGCCAACACCAGGCCCGCUCCAGUGGCUGGAUAUACCAUCAUACUUGCAAGGGGGGAUAGUUGCGGCCCUGGUGAUUGCCAACAUCAUUGCAGUCAGCGUUCAUGUUCGAUCAUGGGCGGAAGUGCAGAAGCGAGCUGGAUGCUUGGCGGUCACACACCUUGUUCCCCUUUACUCCGGAUUUAGCUUCAGUCUCCCGGCCCUUGUUUACCGCGUUGAACGGGGCACGGUGCAAUGGGCUCAUCGGUGGCUAGGCCGCAUUUGCGCGUUGCAUUGCCUGCUUCAUGGGUCCGUCUUAGGCACAGUCGCUCGAAAUACAAGACUCGCAGCUCCCCUCGUCAUUCCGCUCGUGGCUGGCUGUAGUCUCCUGUCGAUCCUGCCUUGGACACUCGCUGCGAUUCUUCGACGUUGGCCGCAACUGGGCCUGAAGGUCCACCAUGUGCUUGCUUCCAUCGCCACCGGCACCCUUGCCUACCAUUUGAUCGACCGCGCAUCGGCCUACCGCUGGGUUCUACUGGGCGGAAUUUGCACCGGAUUGGGCUGGAGUGUUGGGACAUGUCUGUAUACCAUGUGGUUCCACAGGUCGUGGCGCAUCACCUCGCGACGGGCGCUCGCGCGGUCUUUCAACCGGCUCUUAUGGCUUGAUAUUGCGGUUCCCAUGGAGUGGGUGGCUCAACCGGGGCAGUAUGUACAGCUCUGGAUGCCACGCUUAGGGGUGAGGUCCUCCUUGCAGCUUCCAGCAUUCUACGUGGCGUCCGUGGGCACAAUGGACAAUCCGCCAGGAGCACAGACCACUCGCAUGUUACGCAUAGUGACCCGACCCCGACCGGGCGUGACUGGAAGGAUCGCACAAGCCGCGGAUCAUGCGACAUACUCGACGAUUCAUUUUCCGGUCUGCGUGCUGGGUCCGUAUGGGCAUCCACCUAGCCUUGGCCAGUACGGGACCGUUGUCUUUGUACUUGAAGAUAUUGGACUCUUCCGCGCGCUACCGUUCAUACGACAUCUCGUUCAAGAAAGUCGAAGCCGGAAGAAUGCGGUGCGACGGCUAGAAGUCCUGUGGCAAGUGAGGCUGAAGAAUUUCAACCAUUCCCGCUGGGUGGGGGAUGAAAUCUCGCAAAUCCUCGAACUCGACCGUAUGUUUGACCGAAACGAUUGUCCCGAGCAUAGACACCGUAAUGACCGGGGAUUCGAUAUCCUGCAGUUCACCACACAUAUCCUAGAUACCCAGCCCGUGGACCGAAUUCGUUACCGUAACCGUACGCGCUUGAAAUAUCAUUUCCACGCUAUCAAUAUCGACAAGGAGCUGGCACGACUUGGGGAUGGUAGAGGCGGGACGACCGCGGUUUCGGUGUGCGCAAGCAAGUCGACACGCGCAGCAGUACGUCGCAUCGUUCAUUCCAGAACGAGUGGUGAUUGCAGAUUGAUUGACCUGGAUCAAGAACCCUCUUGUGAGUGGUGGGCAGACGUUGACCCUUUCGUCCAUGACGCGUCCGAAACGGUUGCAGCACCAAGAGAACCCUCCAAUACUGGAAGGGUGUUUGAGCCCGGUGCACCUGCUGUUCCCGAGCAAGCCACUCGGCUGUCCGGAGAAACCUUGGUGGAUAAGACGCGAUCUUGGCAGAGUGAUGAUUCGGCGGUUAGAGGACAGAGCGCCAAUCACAAAAAAUGGGUCCGGCAGAAAAUCACCGAAGGCGGCGUCUAG